AUGAAAGACAGGAAACUAUUUGUGGGAAUGCUUUCCAAACAUCAAUCGGAAGAAGACAUAAGAAUGCUAUUCCAGUCGUACGGCUGUAUUGAGGAGUGCACUAUAUUGCGGGGACCCGACGGCCAAUCCAAAGUCAUAAACUUAAGCUGUAAUGCCAUGUUAAAUCCCAUAGAGCGAGGGGGCGGGGGAGGGGUAGCCGAACGAUUCUAUAAGCCACAUUCAUAUUUGAAUUGUGGCUGUGCAUUCGUUAAGUUUGGAAGUCAUGGUGAGGCUCAGGCGGCCAUCAAUUCCCUGCACGGAAGUCAGACAAUGCCG